AUGAAGUCGUUCAUUCCCAUCGUCCUCGCUGUGCUCGGCUUUGCCGCCCAAGGCUACGCCGUCAGCUGCCAGGCCCAGGGCGGAUCCUGCCACGACGGUGACCGGGACUGCCCCGCCGGCACCAAGUCCGUGUUUUGGGAUACCGGAUGCGCAGAGUCGCAUUGGUGGUGGACCGAAGAUGAUAAGUGCUGUGUUUAG